AUGAAAGUAGAAACUUUAGUCAAGAAAAUAAUAGAAGCUAUCGAAAAGGAAUCUCCAACUACAAUAACUUGCAAUGGUAAAAAAAUCAACAUAACUAAAAAACUUAUUGAUAAAUAUAAAUAUUGUAAAGUCAGAGACGAUAUAGACUUAGAAAGAAUUGACGCGAACGCAAAAGAAGGUGGAUUUUUACCUCUCCUUCCUUUAAUAUUUGCUGGUAUAACCGCGGCGGGUGUAGCAACUGGUGGGAUAUCUGCUGCAGUAAGAUAUAGACAUAAUUUAAAAAUGGAAAAGUUGGCCAAAGGUUCAGGAGUGGGAGAAAUGAUAGGCACAAUAAAAGAAUUUGGAAAAAGAUUUGGGGAAGAAACCAAGAAAACUGUUAAACAAGGAUUAAAUUAUUUAGCAGAUAGUAUUGACACGGGAGAAGUCAAAGUCAAACAUAAGGGUAAUGGAAUAUUUUUAAAAAUAUACACACUGGAGAAGGCAUAUUUCUUUCAAAGUAUAAAGGAGAAGGAUUUAUUUUUGGAACAAAUUAAAAUGAUAAAAAAUGGGCAAAAAAUUUAA